CAGGUGCUGCUUCCGGGACGCCGAGGCCGGUUUUGGAGUGGCGGGUGCCCACUUUCUCUCUCUCUCGCCUACACUUGCCUAGCCCUCAGACACUAUUUACAGGCAACCAUGUCGGAGUCUGGGCACAGUCAGCCUGGACUCUAUGGGAUGGAGCGGCGGCGACGGUGGAAGGAGCCUGGCCCUGGUGGCCCCCAGAAUCUCUCUGGACCUGGUGGCCGGGAGAGAGACUACAUUGCACCAUGGGAAAGAGAGAGGCGGGAUGGCAGCGAAGAGGCAAGCACAUCUGUCAUGCAGAAAACCCCCAUCAUCCUCUCGAAACCUCCAGCAGAGCGGUCAAAGCAGCCACCACCUCCAGCAGCCCCUGCUGCUCCACCUGCCCCAGCCCCACUGGAGAAGCCCAUCGUCCUCAUGAAGCCAAGGGAGGAGGGGAAGGGGCCUGUGGCUGUAACAGGCACCUCUACUCCUGAGGGUACCGCCCCACCACCCCCUGCAGCCCCUGCGCCACCCAAGGGGGAGAAGGAGGGACAGAGGCCCACACAGCCAGUCUACCAGAUCCAGAACCGGGGCAUGGGCACUGCAGCACCAGCAGCCAUGGACCCUGUUGUGGGCCAGGCCAAACUACUGCCCCCAGAACGCAUGAAGCACAGCAUCAAGUUGGUGGAUGACCAGAUGAAUUGGUGUGACAGUGCUAUUGAGUACCUAUUGGAUCAAACUGAUGUGUUGGUGGUUGGUGUCCUGGGCCUCCAGGGGACAGGCAAGUCCAUGGUCAUGUCAUUGUUAUCAGCCAACACUCCAGAGGAAGACCAGAGGGCUUAUGUUUUCCGGGCUCAGAGUGCUGAAAUGAAGGAACGAGGGGGCAACCAGACCAGUGGCAUUGAUUUCUUUAUUACCCAAGAGAGGAUUGUGUUCCUGGACACACAGCCCAUCCUGAGCCCCUCCAUCCUGGACCAUCUCAUCAACAAUGACCGCAAACUGCCUCCAGAGUACAACCUUCCCCACACCUACGUUGAGAUGCAGUCACUCCAGAUUGCUGCCUUCCUCUUCACGGUCUGCCAUGUGGUGAUUGUCGUCCAGGACUGGUUCACAGACCUCAGUCUGUACAGGUUUCUCCAGACAGCAGAGAUGGUGAAGCCCUCCACCCCAUCCCCCAGCCACGAGUCCAGCAGCUCAUCAGGCUCCGAUGAAGGCACCGAGUACUACCCCCACCUGGUAUUCUUACAGAACAAAGCCCGUCGAGAGGACUUCUGUCCGCGGAAGCUGCGGCAGAUGCACCUGAUGAUUGACCAGCUCAUGGCCCACUCCCACUUGCGUUACAAGGGUACUCUGUCCAUGUUACAGUGCAAUGUCUUCCCGGGACUCCCGCCCGACUUCCUGGACUCUGAGGUCAACUUGUUCCUGGUACCCUUCAUGGACAGUGAAGCAGAGAACGAAAACCCACCAAGAGCAGGACCCGGCUCCAGCCCACUCUUCUCCUUGUUGCCUGGAUACCGUGGCCACCCCAGUUUCCAGUCUUUGGUGAGCAAGCUCCGGAGCCAAGUGAUGUCCAUGGCCCGGCCACAGCUGUCACACACAAUCCUCACUGAGAAGAACUGGUUUCACUAUGCUGCCCGCAUCUGGGAUGGGGUGAAAAAGUCCUCUGCCCUGGCCGAGUACAGCCGCCUGCUAGCCUGAGGCUGAGAGGAGGAAUGUCAUGCACAGAACUGCCUGAGUCCCCAGUAGAUGGCGAGGGAGCACGCACGUCCUUCCCACGGUGGGGUGGGAACAGGCAACAGACCUGAAGGACGAGACAUCGUGACUUCCCUACCCGGAGACACGAGGUGUCCAGCUCCAGGCCCCCCACCCUCAAAUGGGGGUUGUUGAAGGGGUGACGAAGAGAUUCUGCCUCAGCCUGUGACAGGACAGACCACCCUAGGUCCUCCACAAGAAAGGCAGUGAGAGGAGUCCGGAUGAUCACCAGGAAGCCCAAGAUCAAUCCUGACCCUCUUCAGGGACAGGAUGGGACAGGUCUCUCCCCUGACUCAGCCCUGCCCUGUACGGUGAGGUACAAUCUGGAGAACUCUUCAUUGGGCAGAUAUGGGGGUUCCAAUAAACACGGUCAUGCAAGCCUGUUCUGUUAUUCCACUCUA